GGCGCCGUUUAAUUUUGUUGCUUUCUCGUCGGAUCACAAACAGAACCAUCCAGCUUCGAGACCCCGUCCCCAAAAAAGGAAAACAAACAAAGCGCGGUCACACAUCCGGCGACUCUUCUCUGCAAAAAUGCAAACCAUGGAGUCUACCAAAAAUGACGAAAACACCCCUGACAACCCCACCAAUGACGGUGAAGUCGAUCCUCCUCCACCUUCCUCUCAACCUCUGCUGUCGAAGACCGCGCACAAGAAAUUGUUGAAGCAGCAGAAGUUCGAAGCAAAGAAAGCAGAGAAGAAGGCCGCCAUGAAAGAUCAGAAGAAGAGAGAGGGAGAGAGGAAGAGAAAGGAAUGGGAGGAAAAGCUGUUGAGCCUUUCCGAGGAAGAGAGGUCGAAGCUGAUCGAGUCGAGAAAGGGGCUCAGGAAGGAGAGAAUGGAGAAAAGGUCGGAGGAGAGAGGGAAGAAGAUGGAAAGGCUCAGCAGAGCCAAACAAGAGGGCCAGAACAUCGUCGUCGACCUCGAGUUCUCCGAUCUCAUGACGCCUUCCGAGAUCAACAGCCUUGUUCAACAGAUUAUGUAUUGUUAUGCAGUAAAUGGAAAAAGUGCUUCCCCUGGCCAUCUUUGGUUGACCGGGUGCCAGGGAGAGAUGGAAAGCCAACUGCAAAGACUCCCAGGAUUUGAGAAGUGGGUAAUUGAGAAGGAGACUCAACCAUAUAUUGAAGCAUUUCAAGAUCAGAAGGAAAAUCUGGUCUAUCUCACAGCAGACUCAGAAACUACCCUGGAUGAACUUGAUCUAAAGAAAAUAUACAUCAUUGGUGGGUUAGUGGAUCGUAACCGCUGGAAAGGGUUAACCAUGAAGAAAGCAAAAGAGCAGGGGAUUCAAACGGCUAAACUUCCUAUAGGAAACUACCUUAAGUUGUCUAGCUCCCAGGUCCUUACUGUGAAUCAAGUGAUAGAGAUACUCCUCAAGUUCUUGGAAACAAGAGACUGGAAGGCUUCAUUCUUUCAGGUAAUUCCUCAAAGGAAAAGAUUCGAAGCUGAUACUAAAGAAAAUCAAGGGAAUAUCGAAGGGGAAGAAAAUGAAGAGGAAGAUGAUCAACUUGAGAGGAAAAGGAAGUGUGUUGAAUUCCCUUCCCAUGGCUAGAGGAUUCCAUGGACUCAAAAAGGUUUAGCUUUAGUUUGGACAUGAAACAAAAUUUUCCUCUCGUUCUUUGUUUUCAUAGUCUCAAAUCAAUUUCGUGAUAAUGAUACACUACAGUUAUAGAAUGUUUUCUUGUCAUUUUAUUUUGCCAAAUUAUUAGAGAAUGAUUGGCGAAUCA